AUGGUGAUUGAUCCAAGAUACUUAACUGAGAUCCUACAGCCAUUCCAGGCGUAUAUUAAAGACUUUUCCUCCCCCCAACCAAUUGAUCACCUGGGGUUCCAACACUUGGUAAUGGAAUUUGUAAUGAAUUUGCCUAUUUUGACCAGUCUCAAAGUAGACGGACAUCAAUUUCUACAAACAUCUUUUAGGAAAACUCUUGGACAUGGAAUCGCUAGUGGCUUCAAAAAUCUUGAGAAUUUAACCAUUUUUUCAUUUCCUAAUCAUAAGCCAUUACCAGUAUCCCCAGUAAUGCCAUGCCUCUUUCCGCAAUUAAAGAGCUUCACAAUUGAAGGGCAUAUAGCCAAUAUUGAUGAGCUAUCCGAAGUAGUAGGCGGAUUUCCAGCUCUCCUAAACUUAGUGAUACGUUUGACCGAUUCUUUUAUGUGCAAGAUCAAUCCUUGUGAUUUUCCCAAGCUCGAAACCCUUGAACUCUCACGAACCACUACCGGUAGAUCCUUCCCUGGUCAUGACCAUAUUACUCCAAUCAUUCAAGGGCCCAUUGAUUCUCCUACGUUGAAACAUAUCAAGUUGAAUAAAGUGGAAUUGGGGUCCCUGUGGUCAUGGAAUACAAUCACCAAUUUAUUAUCGCUCGAGAUACAGCACGGGUCAUUAGACUUGGGGGCGUGUAUGGCUGACCUUGGUAAAUUGAAUCACUUCACCGCUACCUACACUAGGCUAAUGGGAAUACACCACUUAUACGCCCUAAAGGAAACUCUCAUAUCAUUGAAGAUAAAUUCCACCGGAUUGGAGACCAUGCUAGAUAUUUCCAGCUUGAAAAAUUUAAAGCAUUUGGAUCUUGGGAUGAACUGUAUCGAUGCAAUUCUGGGGCUCGAGAAUCUCGAGAAUUUAGAAACUUUGGAUCUCUAUAGCAAUAGCAUUACCAAAAUUGACAAUCUCGAUAUGCUCUCUCGGUUAACGUCAUUGGAUCUUAGCGAUAACGGGAUCAAUAUCGUCGAAAACCUUGAACCGUUGACAUCUUUGCGACUGUUGAACUUAUCAGCGAACAAUCUCGUCGAGAUCCCCGAGUUGCACAACCUUGAAAGUUUACACGAGCUAAUGUUAUAUUCCAAUCAUAUACAGCGGUUCAUUGGGAAUAAAAAAUGGUUGAAGCAGUUGAAAUUUUUGGAUAUUUCCAAUAAUCAAUUCCUGGAUCUUGGCUCCCUUGAAGGAAUUCUUGGGGUGGUAACAGUAGUGAAUUUGGCAGAUAACCCUUGUUCUCCUAACCUUCCAAAAACUAUGUAA